CCAAAUAUUUUCAAUCACCCGAACGAAAAUCAUUGCUUUUCGCAGCUCUGCAAUAUUGCCUGCCCUCAUAAUUCUUCACUCAAUUGUUGUUGUAUUUGAAGCUUAAAAGCUUGGUCUCUUGCCUUAUCUUUUCACACGCUCUCUCUCUCUCUCUCUCUCUCUCUCUCUCUUUCUCUCUCUCUCUUUUCAGAGAGGGAAAAAAAAAAGAAAGAAAACAACUGGGUUGAAAGCUUCCCCGUCUGAAGGGAAUUCAUAACUACAAAACAUUAUUGCAACAAAGAGAAAUUCAAAAAAGAAAAGAAAAUAGACCCACACCACACCCACCAAAGUCACUGAAAUUGAAGGUGGUCACCUACAGAUCAUGUCAAAAUAAAAAUAAAAAAGUGUUGGGAAUCGCUAACACAUGAUCAUGGACGGCGAAAAUGGGAUCUCAACGUCAAAAUUCCCUCUCCAACUUCUAGAAAAGAAGCAACCACCUUGUCCAAACAAAGGAAACUCAGAGACAAGCUCCGAACCACCCAAGAAAACGCCACCAAAGCGAACAUCAACCAAGGACCGCCACACCAAGGUGGAAGGCCGAGGACGUCGCAUCCGCAUGCCUGCUACCUGCGCCGCUAGGGUUUUCCAGUUAACAAGGGAGCUCGGUCACAAAUCUGAUGGUGAAACCAUCGAGUGGCUGCUUCAACAAGCAGAACCCGCUGUUAUAGCCGCCACUGGAACAGGUACCAUCCCUGCAAAUUUUACGUCCCUUAAUAUCUCUCUCAGAAGUUCAGGCUCCACUCUCUCUGCUUCCCACUUGAGGAACACUUACUUCAAUCCAAAUUUUACAUCACAACAAUUGAGGAAUAUGGCUGACGACUCUUCUUCUCACCAACAAAGGCGGAUUUUAUUUCCGGAGGAUUCAUUAAACUUUCCGAAUGUGAACACUUUCUUGCAAACUAAACAAGAGAUGCGGGACAGUACUAGUGUGGAUUUUUCGGCGGCGGAGGAUACUAACAAGGGGAAGAAGAGAAGACCUGAGCAUCAUGAAUUAUCACAAAAUCAAGUCGGGAACUACUUGAUACAAUCGACUAUGGGUUCGGUUCCGGCAACGUUUUGGACGAUCACAAAUCCCAGCAACCAAGGCAUCAGCGGGAGUGGCGCUGCUGAUCCUAUGUGGACCUUUCCUUCAGCUAAUAAUACUAAUAUGUAUACAAGUACCACGUCUAGUGGGGUGCAUUUUAUGAAUUUCGCUUCUCCGAUGAGUCUCCUGCCCGGACAACAAUUGGGUACGGGCAUUGGUGCUGGUGGUUCAUUUAGCGACAGUCAUCUAGGCAUGCUCCAAGCACUAAACGCAUAUAGGCCGACUCACAGCACCAAUGUUUCGGAGUCUCCGGCCACCGGAUCACAUCAAGUAUUACACCAUGGUGAAGAACAUAGGCAUGAUUCAAGUAGCUAGUAGCUAGUAGCUAGUCUGUCCAUUUGCCCUUUACAGCAAAUUAUAAGCUUAUGGGCUAUGGCUUGAUCAUGCUUUAUUUUCUUUUCCCUUAUUUUCACUAGUACGUAUAGAAAUAUAUAAUUGAGUGUGAUAUUCGAUUUUGGUGUGAGCGAGUAAUGAGAAAUCAGUCGACUAGGGUUUGUUAAGAAGAAUUAAUAUUUAUAUUAAUUCAGGUAUCUUUUUGGGGCGUGAUUAAACAGUUCGAUAUCAAAUGUUAAGUUGUUAA